AAUGUAAGCCUUUGCUAAACCUGGGGUCUCGUUAUUUGGAUUAUAGAAUGUUGCAAUUUUCAUUUAUAUCCAACACAUCAUUUCUGUUCAUGCUUUAGGCUUGUAAGAGAAUUAUUAUAUAAUAAUUUUAGUAUUUUUGUAUCUUGAGUGCAGAAUGAUUUUCAAAGGCUAUUUUGUUUUUCAAAAAAUAUUUUUCCGUAGAAGUCAAGACCAGCUAGUUUUGGUAGGCUAAUUCAUCGAUGUUAAUUUCCUUACUGUCUAUUUUUGUCUUGUUGGCUAUUUUUCCAUUGCUUUUACUCAUUUUGAAUGACUAACCCUGCACUUUAUUCAAUUUCAUCACUUCAUACAACUUGAGAUUGAUUCAAGUUAUUUUUUGGUACUAUCAACAUUAAAUAACUAGAGGCAUGACGUCCAAACUAUCAGUAGUUAAUGUUCAUCUUGCUGAUUAACAGUCAUGUUGACUUCUCUUACAGAUACGAACACUAGGCAUGCUCAGGUCACGGUUCCAGUCUUUACCUGGUGCAUUCAAUACAUAUUUGGUUCCUUCUGAUAAGACUAAGAAAAUGGGAUUUUCUCUCGCAAAACGUUUUUCUGAGGUUACAGCAAGCAAAAGAAGUGAAGCUGCAAAAUUUGCUCAGUUAUGGAAUGAAAUAAUAGUAAGUUUCCGUGAAGAAGAUCUCAUAAAUGACAGGGAGAUGGAUCUGUUACUAGUUCCUUAUUCAUCAGAUCCUAGCCUGAAACUAAUUCAGUGGCCACCUUUUCUGCUUGCGAGCAAGAUUCCGGUCGCAUUGGAUAUGGCGGUCCAAUUUCGAUCUAAAGAUUCUGACCUCUGGAGGCGUAUAUGUGCGGAUGAAUAUAUGAAAAGUGCUGUUAUUGAAUGCUAUGAGUCUUUCAAACUUGUGCUGAAUGCUUUGGUUGUUGGAGAAACUGAGAAAAGGUUGCUUUUUGGUACUUCGUUCAUCAAGGAAUUUAGUGGCCUGAACUAGUCAUCCAUUGUGAUUUGAUCAUGUACCAUAUACGUCUUCCAGUAAUUUUAGUUGUCUAUGUAUAUAUCUGCCUGAAGUUUAGGAUUUUAUUCUAUUGAU